AUGGCAGUAUCUCGAUUAGCUUUUAGCCACUGGAAGGAGGUUGAACAUUAUUUAUCGGGAUGUAAUACCAUAUCUCCAAACGAAAAAAUUCAUGGAGAUGGAGAAUACACAAGCCAAUUAAAGAUUUGUGAUAUGUGGCGAGAUAUCCAGGGUGCUAACCAUUGGAAUGGCUUGCUCAAUCCCAUUAAUCCAUUUCUCAAAGCAGAGAUACUCAGAUAUGGUGACUUUGCACAGCAAUGCUACGAUUCAUUUGACAACACGCCCUCUUCCACAUACUAUGGAAAUUGUAAGCGCAGCAAAAGCUCGCUCACCAAGAGACUGGAAUUGCUAAAUUGUGGGCGUGGAUAUCAAGUUACCAAAUAUAUAUACGCCAAUACGAGUCUUUUGGACUCCAUUUUUGGCGAGGAAUCAAGUGAAGGCGUUGCCUGGAUAGGUUAUAUUGCAGUUUGCACUGACCCAGAUGAGAUAAAGAGAUUGGGAAGACGUGACAUAGUUGUUGCAUGGAGAGGCACGCAGACUCCAUUUGAAUGGAUGCAAAAUCUCAGAGACAUAUUGGUUCCUGUUAUGACAUCAAAGGCUACAACAUGCUCCAACAUCCUACCCAUUUCAAAUCCAGAUGCCAGGAUAGAGAAGGGUUUUCUUAGUUGUUAUACGUCCACCGACGAGGACUCUGUCAGAUGCAGGAUGAGUGCAAGGGAAAUUGUAGUGGGUGAGAUAACCAGAUUAGUAAAUGAAUACAGAGAGAAAGAAGAAGAUUUGAGCAUAACGUUUACUGGGCAUAGCUUGGGAGCUGCACUGGCAACCCUCAGCGCAUAUGACAUAAAACAAAUCAUGGUGAAUGAAUAUGGUGGGACCUCAAUUCCCGUCACUGUGUUUUCCUUCGCGUCUCCGCGCGUAGGGAACCUGUCAUUUGCUCAACAUAUGGAAGAGAUUGGCGUCAAAGUGUUACGCGUGAUAAACAAGAAGGAUUUGGUUCCAAAAAUUCCUGGUAUUUUUGUCAAUGAAAAACUGGGAUGGCUGACAAGGCUUCUGCACUGGUUUCCCUGGGCAUAUGUUCAUGUGGGAGUAGAGAUUAGUUUAGACAGCAGCAGUUCACCUUUGCUGAAGCUAACGCAUAAUCCUGCAAACUUCCACAGCUUAGAGGUUUAUUUGCACACACUUGAUGGCUUUUAUGGGCAUAACAAUUUGCCCUUCAAGCCUUCGGGAAGAGAUCCAGCUUUAGUUAACAAACACACUGACUUAUUGAUUGAAAAGCUGCAAAUCCCUUCUAACUGGUGGGACAAGAGAAAUAAAGAAGUGGUGAAACGCAUCGAUGGCGUAUUGGUCUACUCCCCUUCAACUCCAACGCCUGUUCCUCUUCGUUAA